AUGGAUGAUCAGCCACUCACGGUCAAGGCCCCCAACCUAUAUGACUCCUAUCAUGACCCGCGCCCUCGCCCUCCUGGCUGUGCCAAUUCCGCACAACCCUUGCUUCUCAGGCGCCUGAGAGAACACAUUCAGAGAUUUCAGGAGAGCUCUAGCCUGAAUCCGGGCUUUGGUCUAGGCCAGGGUCUUGUGCCUGUCCCCAAACAAGGGUGGUUAGAGCAACCACUGGAUCCCUUCAACACCUCUGACAGACGAACCUUCCUGCAGCGGUACUGGGUGAAUGAUCAGCACAGAGCCAGCCAAGAUGCACCGGUAUUUCUGCACAUAGGGGGUGAGGGCAGCCUCGGGCCUGGCUCAGUGAUGGCAGGGCAUCCUGUAGCACUGGCCCCUGCCUGGGGGGCCCUUGUGAUAAGCCUGGAACACAGAUUCUAUGGUCUAAGUGUGCCUGCUGGGGGCCUGGAAAUGGCCCAGCUUCGCUACUUGUCCAGCCGCCAUGCGCUGGCUGACGUGGCGUCCGCCCGCCAGGCGCUCUCCCGCCUCCUCAACGUGUCUUCCUCCAGCCCCUGGAUCUGCUUCGGAGGCUCCUACGCUGGCUCGCUGGCGACUUGGACCCGGUUGAAGUUCCCCCACCUAGUCUUCGCCGCCGUCGCCUCCUCCGCACCGCUGAGCGCGGUGCUGGACUUCUACGCCUACAACGAGGUGGUGGCCAGAAGCUUGACGCAAGUGGCGAUAGGCGGGUCGUUGGAGUGCCUGGCGGCGGCCUCCGCAGCCUUCGCGGAGGUGGAGCGGCUGCUGCGCGCAGGUCCCGCAGCUCGGGCCGUGCUGAAGGAGGAGCUGAGCGCCUGCGGGUCGCUGGACCUGACUGAAGACCAGGGGGAGUUGCUGGGCGCGUUGCAGGCGCUGGUGGGAGGCACCGUGCAGUACGACGGGCAGGCCGGAGCGCCGCUAAGCGUGCGCCAGCUCUGCGGACUCCUCCUCGGGGUCUCCGGCAACCGCAGUCACUCCACGCCCUACCUCGGCCUUCGCCGGGCGGUGCAGAUAGUCUUGCGCAGCAUGGGCCAGAGGUGUUUAAGCUUCUCCCGGGCAGAGACAGUGGCACAGCUGAGAACCACCGAACCUCCAGUGUCUGGCGUCGGGGACCGGCAGUGGUUGUACCAGACUUGCACUGAGUUCGGCUUCUAUGUCACCUGUGAGGGUCCUCGGUGUCCCUUUUCCCAGCUGCCAGCACUGCCCUUCCAGCUAGAUCUAUGUGAACAAGUGUUUGGUCUCUCAGCUGCAUCUGUUGCCCAGGCUGUGGCCCAGACAAACUCCUAUUAUGGUGGCCAGACUCCCGGAGCCACCCAAGUGCUAUAUGUGAACGGGGACACGGAUCCCUGGCAUGUGCUGAGUGUAACACAGGACUUGGGACCCUCUGAGCCAGCCCUUCUAAUUCCUAGUGCCUCCCACUGCUUUGAUAUGGCACCUAUGAGGCCUUCAGACUCUCCCAGCCUCCGCCUGGGGCGCCAGAGAAUCUUCCAGCAGUUACAGGUCUGGCUUAAAGAUAUAAAGAAGAGCCAGAAUUGAUGUGGAUCUAAACCCAGCCCUUCACCAGUCCCAUCAUGGCAACUACAUCCUGGCAUUUUUCUUCACUGUACGAAGGAAAGCGGCUGGUUUGGAAGGAGGAAGUUCUAGACUUGGGAUUCAGUGCCUGUUCUGUGUGCUUGUUCUCCAGUCGUCCUCACUGCCAAUGACAAGGUGUGCUUUGUCACAGAUCAGUGUAAAUGUAGGCCAGUGGUUACUGUCCUUGUAGACAUUCAUAUUCUGUAUGGUAAAUGUCAGGGAAAUAUGGCUCUCCAUGCUGGAGCCUUCUUCUCCAAGGUCAAAUCUAGCUUGAAUUCUGCCCUCUUGCUUCUAGACUGGGUACCUACUGCCCAUGACUCUCCACUUCCUAACCCUGUCCCUCCUGAGUCUUAGUCUGCAGUGGUUAAUCAUUGUCAACUUAACUGAAUUCAAAAUCACCGUGGAAACAACUCUGGACUGUCUUUGAGGACCUUUCCAGUGAAGUUAUACUGAAAAGAAAAUCCACACCUGAAGUGGUGGUAACAUCCCAUCCCUGAGGUCCCAAAUGAAUAAAAAGGGAAGCUGAGCCCCAGCAUUCAUCUCUCUGCCUUCUGACUGUGGGCAUGAUGUGACCAGUUGUCUCAUGCCCCUGCCACUAUACCUUUGCCACUGUGAUGGACUGUAUCCCAGUGAGCCAAAGCAAAUCCCUCCUUCCUUAUAUGUUUCUUGUUAGUUAUUUGGUCACAGCGGCAGGAAAGGGGCUAAUACAGUCAGUUUCUGUCUUCCGUGUGUUUCUGUCUGGAGGGAAUGGCUGCACAGCACUUCUCUUUCUCUGUCUCUCUUUUGGUCUUCCUUUUAGUACCUUUCCUCCCUCCCUCUCCUCACAAUCAAAUGUCACUCUCCAGUGCUUCGAGCUUCCUGCCGGAAAUGUCUGAGUUCUGGCUCAUCAUCCCUGGUUUGGGGGUUAGUCCCAAAGCUAACCUCUUAGGCUGUACCACAGCUCACUCUACUAAGCAGCGGCCACCAAGUAGGAAGGAGCAAGUCCAGGAGAGUGACAACCUCUAAGGAGCAGGUCGAGAAAGGAGGGAGGGCUAGAAAGAAAAGUGUAACCAGAGGACAAGUGCUGUCACUUAGGACUAACCUUAGUUCAGCUCACAGGAGCUACCCUGGAUCCUGCAUUGGCCUCUAACCACAGUUCCUCACCAGAUCCAACCACCACACGUCCAUUUAGAUAUUUAGCAUGUGUGCUGGCCUUGCACAUGGUGGUCUGUUAAGGGAAUCAUGCCCUUCCUACAGAAUCCGCAUGCUUGGGUUGUCCCUCCUGCUCUGCUAGAUGAGCCCUCGGACAUCUUCUGCAGUCUUCCUUUCAGAUUGACACCUGGAUGGCUUUGGUGUUGGUCUGUCCUCUCCCCUCAAGCGUUCUCAGAGAUUCUGGAGAGAACUCACCCUGGAGGGUGUUAAAGGAGCAGUCUCUUAGCAGUGAUGUCAUGGAUAGCAUCAAAAGC